AUGGAUAAAGAUCUCUGUUUUAGGGGUCAUAUUAAUAGGGUAGUGGCAUCCUCCUUUUAUCAGUUAAGACGUCUGGCUAAAGUGAAACCUUUUUUGUCUAGGUGUGAUCUUGAAAUUGUGGUGCAUGCUUUUAUAACCUCACGUCUAGAUUAUUGUAACUCCAUUUUAUUUGGAGUGAGUCAGGGUGCCUUAUCCCGCCUGCAGCUUGUUCAAAAUGCUGCUGGGAAGUUUUUGGAAGGCAAACGUAAAUUUGAUCAUGCUAUGCCCACAUUGGCAGUUUUACACUGGUUACCUGUUUUCUAUAGAAUUUGUUUUAAAAUUUUGUUAUUAGUAUUUAAAGCCCUAAAGGGGUUGACCCCAAUUUAUUUAUCAGAGAUGUUGCAUCCUUAUGUCCCUACUCGGGCACUUCGCUCAGAAGAUUUGUCUUUACUUGAGGUCCUAAGGUCACGAUUAAAGACGAGGGGAGAUAGAGCUUUUGCUGUUGCAGCUCCAAAACUUUGGAACGAGCUUCCACUUUAUAUUCGGCAGUCUUCUUCAGUGGCAGUUUUUAAAUCAAAUCUUAAGACUUAUUUUUAUGAUUUGGCUUUUAGUAAUGUAUGUUGAUUGUAUUUGUAUUUUAUUUUUUGUAACU